AUGAAAUUAUUGAGUCCUCUAUCUAAAGACUACUCUUCACUUCUCGAUCAUGACAAGAAGCUUUACGAUGUUAUUAUUCAAGUUGGUAACGAAGAACCACAAACAUUUUUUCAGGCCCAUUCGGUGGUCUUAUGGGCUCGUUCCCAAUACUUCCGCGAGAGACUGACAAACGCCGACAAAGAUAGUUUUAGAAAUAUAAUUCCCAUCAGUGUUUCAAAUAUUUCUGCAGAAUUGUUUGAGACGUUGCUCAGAUACAUUUAUGCUGGUACCAUUGAUCUCGACAAAUAUUCCCUAGAAGAUAUAAUCCUUCUAAUGGUGGAGGCAGAACAUUUAGUCUUAUUGGAAUUUGUAGAAUACGCUCAUGAAUAUUUGAAUAACCACCAGGAACUUUUUUUUGAAAUUUUUUCAAACACAGCGUCGCAUCCGACGCCAGAUAAAGUUCUUCUGAAUGACAUCGAUUUUUCGACAGACGAAGCUACAUUAUUAGACAUCUAUUUAUCAGACACCGCUGCACAAAAAAUCAACGCUAUUCCAAAUAUCCUUUUAUGGAACAGAUUAGUAGAGUGGGGAGCCAUCCAGUUAAAUCUUAAUCCCAAGAUCCUUAAAUUUAGCGAAGACGACUAUUAUUUCAUCAAGCAGUUGAUCGAACCUUUCAUAGCAUUUAUUGAUUUUAAGAAAAUUAGUUCGGCGGAUUUCAUGAAGAGGGUUGCACCGAUUAGGAAAAUUCUGGAUGAUAAAUUUUAUGUGGAACUUCUGGAAACUUAUACUCUUAGCGAACAGAAGCCGGAAAAAGGAUACCAUUCCUAUGAAGAAAAUGGGCAAUCGCAAUCGCUUUUCGGUGAAAAUACCUCACGAGCGUCCACAAGCCAACCUGUUUUCAGAGAGAAUGUUUCACAAGCAUCCACAAACCAGCAGAAAUUUAGGAGUGACGCUUCACAAGCUUCCACGAAUUUACCUUUAGUACAAUCAAACUUCAAAUUUAGAAAACACUCUAAUGCAUCUUCAGAUUAUGCUAACUCUUCUGCAAAUGGUUCAUUGUCGAACCAUUCUCAUCGUUCUUAUGAGAAACGUGAAGAUUUUCAAGCUUUCGAGGAAUUCAUGCGACCAUUGCCAAAACCGAAGCAAGAUAAUGAAGUCACACGACCAUUUCCAAGAAAUCAGCCUUCCAGAUUUUCGCGAAAACAAAAGAAUCAUUCUUGA